UCCAUUAUUUUAUCAACUUAACUAGCACUUCUUUAUAAACAAAAACCACACGUACAUCAAAUUUCUAGUUCCCUUUGAAGUCUUUUAUCAGCCAUGUCGUUUAAGGAAGGACCGCGAUCGCCUUUGCAACCACCAACAUACGGGAAUCUAAUCACGAUUCUGAGUAUCGAUGGUGGUGGAAUACGAGGUAUCAUUCCAAGCGUGCUCCUUGAUCUUUUGGAAACCGAGCUUCAGAAACUAGACGGUGAAGAUGCAAGGCUAGCAGAUUAUUUCGACGUUAUUGCUGGGACAAGUACGGGUGGUCUUGUCACAGCUAUGUUGACCACUCCAAACGAAGAGGGUCGUCCAUUAUUUGCGGCUAAGGAUGUUAAAGAUUUCUAUCUUGAACAUUGUCCUAAAAUCUUCCCACAUGACAGCAAUCCUUUGGCUCCUGCUGCAAACGUUGUCAAAGCUUUAUCGGGACCAAAAUACAAUGGUGAACACCUGCACAAAGUUUUACAAGAAAAGUUACAAGAAAAACGACUCCAUGAAACGUUAACAAACGUUGUGAUUCCUACGUUUGACAUCAAGUAUCUUCAGCCUACCAUCUUCUCAAGCUACCAGUUAAAGAACACCCCAAGCCUUGAUGCCAAGUUAUCGGAUAUAUGUAUUGGAACAUCAGCAGCCCCAACUUAUCUUCCUUCUCAUUCUUUCAAAACCGAAGAUUCUGAAGGAAAUUUUAUUAGAGAAUUCAAUCUUAUUGAUGGUGGAGUAGCAGCCAACAAUCCGACUUUGGUUGCAAUAAGUGAAGUAACCAAGGAAAUAACUAGAGGAAGUCCAAAUUUUUUCCCGAUAAAGCCAAUGGAAUAUGGCCGGUUUCUAGUUUUGUCGUUGGGCACUGGGUCUCCGGAAUUUCAGGAGAGAUAUGAUGCUACAAAGUCCUCCCAUUGGGGUGUUUUAGGGUGGCUGGCCGGUGGUGGCUCGACUCCAUUGGUGGAUGUUUUUACUCAAGCUAGUGAUGAUAUGGCUCAUUAUCAUAUCUCUACUGUUUUCCAAGCCCUUCAUUCCGAAGAAAAUUAUCUUCGAAUUCAGGAUGACACUUUAAGUGGUGACUUAGCCUCCAUGGAUUUGACGACCCAAGAGAACUUAGAAAAUCUCGUGAAAGUGGGUGAGAAAUUAUUGAAAAAACCAGUGACAAGAAUGAAUUUAGGCACGGGCUUAUGCGAGCCAUACCAUCAAACUACCAACGAGAUGGCCUUGAAAAAGUUUGCACUAAUACUCCACAAGGAAAAGUAUGUCCGAGAACUAAGAUCGCCGAAUACGAAUCGAGGACAGGUUAACCGCGAAAAGUCACUUGAUGACCAAACUAAAGUUUUGCAAAGCAUGCCAGCCGCGUCGAAUACAGUUCAUCACUCUCUUCCGGAUCUGCAUAAGCUCAACCCAAAUAACUAGA